GGAGUCGCUUAGUAGCUUGUGUGUGCCGGUUUGCGCUCUACCGCGGACUCUUCUCUCACUUCUACAUAUGUCUCGACCUCUGCUGAAGCUCGCGGCGGGGCUCGCGGCCGUGUACGUCGCUCGCUUCCUGGUCGUCUUGCUGUCCGGCCCACCGACUCUCGCGAGAGCGUACUACAUCUCGAUCCGUGGCUCUCCUCGGCAGUGUGAGACGGAGAGCUGGUUUGAGGCGCAGCGGCGGAGCUUUCCUGUCCCGCUCACGUAUGUCCCGGGCGUGGUCGUGGACAAGGGCGAGUAUGAGCGGCUGCGACAAGCCCGCCGGGCGCCCGACACGCUGGGUCAGGCGGGCUGCCGGCUCUCGCACCUGCAAGCGCUCUACAACAUCACAGGCCAGCCGGACGGCUGGUACCUCGUGGUCGAGGAUGACGUUGGCGGCUCGCUUCGGCAUGCGCUCUCCGUGCUGCACCGCGUGCUCGCGUUCGUGCCGACGCUGCAGGCGCUCAACCUCUACUCUCCUCCUCUUGCACAGCGCCACGUGCACCACGCGGCGCUGCCCGUCUUCAGCACGCGCACGACGGCCUACGCGGUGACGCCCGCCGGCGCGGCGCGCAUGAUCGACACGAUCGAGCGCCGGCCCGACCUGCAUGUCGACCAGUCGCUCUCGCCGAUGCAGCCGUCGCUGCACUGGCUCUUCUCCUUCUUCGGCCGCGGCUGGGCGGUGGCGGGCGGCCUCGAGCGCAGGAGAGACGCCCAGGCCUUUGGGCCCCCUAUGUACGCCGGCAGAAGUGCCGUCUGGGCAGCGACGCCGUCCAAAGCCUGCCACGGCGGCGGCGGCGGCGGCGGCGGCGGCGGCGGCGGCGGCGGCGGCGGCGGCGGCGGCGGCGGACGCCCGGCGGCGCCCCACCGGCGGCCGCACGCUCCGGCCACUCCGGCCUCCGGAGGCUCAAGCAACUCGAGCCACCGCGGCGACGGCGGCGGGGAGCGCCGCAAGCCGCACGGCGGCGGCAGCCACGGGAAUCGCAGCUCCCUCUACAGCCUGCACCACGGGCGCCACGUCGACCACGAGCAGCGGAAUCACAGCCAGCACCACCAGCAGCACGAGCACCGCCAGCAGCACGAGCACGCGAGCCACCCGGCCGCCGCCAAGCUCACACGCGAGCCGAGCAAGGUGGUGACGGCGAGCCCCGCCGACGGAGUCCGGGCCGUGGCGGCGUAGAGGUGUGCCGGCACGCCUAGAGCAUACACCGGUGUGGUGUGUGUGGCUCUGCCUCUGGGUGAGUUCGUUCGUGUGCCCUGACUCGUCCGACGUCCCGCGCGGCAGCAGCGGCGGCGGCGGCGGGGGUACAAUCACUCCGCUCAGCUCUCUCUCUCUGACUCUCAUUCCGAUGCCUCGUGAGCUCGUGUGGUUGGCGUCCUGGUCCUCUCCCGUAAUGCGUAAUAAAUGAAGAAAAGGCUAAACUC